CCUUAAUCAUCGGUGAAGUUUUAACACGUCUGACAGCUUUGAUCGUUUUUAUCGUUUUCAUAGAAAAACAACACAGACGAAAAAAACAACAUAUUUAGUGGUCGUGACGAAGAAAAAACGUAUCGUAAGCAGCAAAUAGAUGUGUUUUUCUUUCCUACCACAAUUCCACAGGUAUGGUCUUAUCAAUGUGUAGUGGCAAACAGCAUUGUAGUCGGGCUAAAUAAGUUUGAGCAUAAUCCACAAACAACAACUUCCAUCCCAGUACGGUUAACUAAGUUCAGGUUACGUAUUUUGCGACGUGCAAAAAAAAACCACACACUGCUAUCAUCCGAUUACACCGACCGCAAGGACAACCCAUUAGUUGGUACGGUCGUUGUCAUCGUCGUCGUCAUAGCUGUUUGUGCAACGUCGUGUCGAUUGUGCGCGUUAAGGACAAAAUAGUACAUUUCCAAAAACACGUUUAAAGUGCGUAGGUUAGUUUAGUGUAAUUUCGGUAAAGACGACAAACUCUGUGCAACGGCAGCUUCCGAAGAGGUGCAAUUUUGUUCUAUAGUACGGAUUCCGAUAAUGGCAAUGCGUCAAAGGGCAGUCCGCUGUUGCUGUCGAAAUGCCUGUUGAUAGAGUGCCGGGAGCAAAGCGUCGGAUGAUGACACGGAUACGUAGGGAUACGCUUGGUUUAAAAAGAAACGCAAACCCCAAUUUGUACACCACCGCAACCACGGUACCAUCCGAAUCGACAGCGAUGGAAAGUUCCAUCAUGAGUACGGCCGAUGCACUUGCCACCGCAGGGGAGAUGGUGGUUGUGGAGGAUGUUUCGGCAUCGAUCGAACACCACCACCAUCAGUCGGUAUCGGCGGUUCCGCUGAUGAGCGGAAUCACCGUUACCCUGGCGAAUGGCACCGUCACCGUCGACGGUGAGGAUGGCGAUAAUAAUAAGUACGAUGUAGCUGAUAAGGAUGAAAACGAUUUGCCUGCUAUUGAUUUUGCCAGCGCAACGAACCACAACAAUAUGGAAACGCAGACGACGCCAUCGGUCGCCGUCGAUGAUAAGAUGCGGUGCUACGCGGCGAACCCGGACGAAGAUAACGAGACGGGCGCGAUGAUGAUUGUGGAUUCUGUGGGUGCUACCGAAACGGCCCAUUGCAGUAGUAGUAGUAGCAGCAGCAGCAGUAACAGCAAUAGCAGCACCAGCACGAGCAGCUCCAGCGGUAGCAGUACGACGGGAAGCAGCCUAUCCCACCCGGAAGCGGACGAGGUUGACGUCGCAGACGAAGACGAAGAGGUGGAGGAGGAUGAGGAGGAAGAGGAAGUGGAAGAGGAGGAGGAGGAUGAGGAUGAAACACAGCGGGAAGCGUUGCACGAGCCCGAGCAUGGUCCAACAUCCGUCGUGGAUGAGUCGACCAGCGUGGACAAGCUGCACAUGAUGCAGACGGACGAUGAUCCAUUGCUGCAGGAAACGAUCAACGCAAUCAUGAACGGUGCGGAAGGGAUCGAGGUGGUGAAUACGUCCGAGCACGACGAUCACGUCGAGUCCAACACCGUUCCAAAUGAUCCGAACAUAGCGAGCGUUAUGGCGGCCGAGCUGAACGCGCCCCGUUCGACGAACGACGAGGUCGAAACGGACCGCAACUAUGAAUGCACGUACUGUGGGAAACUGUUCACACGCUCCAACACACUGUCGUACCAUCUGAAGGUGCACACGGGCGAGCGGCCAUUUAAGUGCAAACAUUGCGCCAAAGCCUUCCGCGAGCAGUACCGGCUGAUGAAGCAUCUGAAGACGCACUCGAAAUAUCGCAACCGACGAUUGGAGCGGGGUUGCAUCGUCGACCAGCAACCAGGGGAUAGUAGGGGCCUGAUGAUGGCCCCGAGUGUACGCGUCCAUCUGCAUCGGGGAGCAUCAGCAGCGCUGCUAGCGGCCGGUACGAACGGGCUCGUUGCGACCGGCGAAGAGGAUUACACCACCGGGGACAGUGAGCGGUUUUUCAAGAGCUACGACCUGCCGGAUGGUUCCGUCGCGAUGAAGCUGGAACCGGACAUUUCGCUAACGGAGGACGCGGACGUGUCCGAGGUGGGACCGGACGCGAUGCUAACGACCGAGGAGGUCGAAACGGCGGCUGAAGAUCAUGAAACGAUCGCCGAAGAGCAGGAAGAUCCAACUGCUGUCCAGGACGGUACAGGCACGGCCGAUGGUAAUGAAAUACGGUACCAAAUCAUAGAGGAACGGAUUAAAUCGUUGCAGCGCGAGGUGCAUCUGGUCAAUCAGAACCUUAACCGGGUGGAAACGAAGGUGGACGGAUUGACAAGAAUCAUUUCGCUGUUUAUCGGCAAGUUUGAAGAUGAAGCGGAACUAGCUAAUCAGGCUGCUCAGCUACAGCAUCAACAGCAGCAGCAACAACAGCAACAGGUACUUACGACCAUGUCCACCGAGAACGAGACGGUUGUUCCGGUUGCUUCUCUAACCGUGGUAUCACAGCAGCACCCGCACCACGUUUCCACUGCUUCAACUUCGCCCUCCAUUCAACCGAAAACGAUCUUCCUCGCCUCGACGACUGCGCCGGCCCAAAAUCCAUCCGCUGCCCAGCAGGUACAGGUACAACCGGUUAGCGUGUUCCACACGUCUACGUCACCCAUCGCCCAUCAGCACCCAUCGCGGGUCGGCACACUCGCCAAAGAAGCGCGCAGCACCGCCAACACACAUUACUAUCAAUUCGCUGAACCGUCGACGGUGGCGCAUGUCAAGCCGGAAGCUUCACCACCACCAGCGGUAAAGGUGUCGUCACCGUCACCGACACCGCCAACACCACCAACACUACCGACCCAGGCACAGCAGCUAACGCUGGCGAGCAGUGCAAACGGUGGUAGCAAUCAGCUGCUCGAUACAUUCCCCGAAAUACCGGAACUACCGAUCAGAACCGUGAGCGAUUUUCUCGACCUGAACGAUCACUGUACCGAUAAUGAGCAGUUCCUGCUGCAGAUGAUGAUUCGAUUACACCAGGAAAUACACAACUCUCAACCAUUCCAGCGGAACAUUAAGCGUAUGAUGGAGGCGCUCGUCACCUACGAAGUUCUGUGCCAGUUCAGUUGGAGCGGUAAAUCGGCCAUUAAUGGACAGUAUACUAAGUACGUAUUCGGCAACAGUUUGGGUAUCAUCGAUUUGCUGACAAAAACACUGAACCUCGGCAAAAGUGCAGGGGAAGCGGAAGCGAAUCAAAAACCAAUCUUUGCCGCCAUUCAGAGCUUCAUCAAACAUUCGCGCCAAAACAUGAUACGCGACAGUCGGAAGCGUCGCGAUCCAUUGCGCGGCGGUGCAAUAGCGGUGGGCGGUGGUGGUGGUGGUGGUGAGGUAGUCGCCGGUAUGAUGCCCGAUACCACUACAACGACCACCAUCUCGUACCACGUGAACGGUGGAGAAAGGUUGCAGAUAAAGCAGCUUCGAUCGGAGCGCCAUCAUCACCAUCAGCAGACGGAGCUGGUUAAUCCGUUCUAAUGAUGCGGGAAUGCAGCUUCUCUCGUACUGGACGACGCUGGCAACUAAGCUCAGAAAAAGAAAACACUUUCGUGGUCCUGUAAAUAGAUGUCCUAGUUUCGUAGACAUGUGUAGGUGUAUUGAGAAAUAGAUACGUAGCGCGUGUACGCGCGUUGUUUAUUCAAGAAAAAAAAGAAUCCACUACGCGUAAAACACGUCUACAUCCAAAUGCGUAGCUCAUGUACUAACAUUCUAAUCCUAAACAAAUGCUGUUGCGCUCUUAUUUAAAUGGAAGGGAAAUAUUCAUAAUUAACAGGGAGUUUAUAAGGAGCAAUGUGCGAGAGAGAGAGAGAGAGAGAGAGAGAAAAAGAGGUGUACUAAAUAUUUUCGUUUUAACACAUUUAGCUAAGUUUGAUUUUAUUUUCUACAUUUUCGCUCCAUACACUCGCAUUUAAUUCACAACAUGAUCGUACUCCCCCCUCCUCUUACAAUUCCCCCCUCUCCAACCCUUUAAAGUCGAUUUAAUGUGGAGCAAUGCGUGCGUGUGUGAAUUCAUUUUUGUUCUAUUUCAUUUUCGUUUCCUUUUGCUUAUCUACCUUCUUUCCAUUCAAACUC